CAUGGGGGAGGUGGUGGCGCUAGGUGGCUACUGGCGCCCGAGGUAGAGGCAGUGGCACUGGAGUUGGCCGGGGGCAGCGGCAGGUGGGUACUGGUAACGCGGACCUGAGGUCUGGGGGCGGUCGCGGGGCGGAAACUACAGCUCGGCGCUCCUGAGGCGGAAGCCAGCGGAAGGGGGCCUGGACUGCGGGCCGUGUCGGGCCCCGGUCGGGGCCAGGGCGGGGGCGGCGGCGGCGGCGGCGGCGGCGGCGAGUUCGCGCUGACUGGGCUGGUGGGAGAGCAGCCCGGCUCUUGGUGGCGGAGUUCGUGGUGGCAAGAUUUGGGGCUUAAACAACUUCCAGGGAAGAAGGCCAGUGCAGCUGCUGUUGCAACCCAAGAUUUUGAUCCACAUCCGUAGAUUGGAAUAUUGGUGGGCCAGCCAUCCUCAGACACCUCACUGAGGACAGAUGAGGAAACUGAGGCUUGGUGAAGUUACGAAACUUGUCCAAAGUCACACAGCUUGUAAAGGGCACAGUCAAGAUUCAGAGCCAGCUUGUAAAAAUUAAAAUGAAUAAACUACGGCAAAGUUUUAGGAGAAAGAAAGAUGUUUAUGUUCCAGAGGCCAGUCGUCCACAUCAGUGGCAGACAGAUGAAGAAGGAGUUCGUACUGGAAAAUGUAGCUUCCCAGUUAAGUACCUUGGGCAUGUAGAAGUUGAUGAAUCAAGAGGAAUGCACAUCUGUGAAGAUGCUGUAAAAAGAUUGAAAGCUGAAAGGAAGUUCUUCAAAGGCUUCUUUGGAAAAACUGGAAAGAAAGCAGUUAAGGCAGUCCUGUGGGUAUCGGCAGAUGGACUCAGAGUUGUGGAUGAAAAAACUAAGGACCUCAUAGUUGACCAAACAAUAGAAAAAGUUUCUUUCUGUGCCCCAGAUAGGAACUUUGAUAGGGCCUUCUCUUACAUAUGUCGUGAUGGCACAACUCGGCGCUGGAUCUGUCACUGCUUCAUGGCUGUCAAGGACACGGGUGAAAGGCUGAGCCACGCAGUGGGCUGUGCUUUUGCAGCCUGUUUAGAACGUAAGCAGAAGCGGGAGAAGGAAUGUGGAGUGACUGCUACUUUCGAUGCCAGUCGGACCACUUUCACAAGAGAAGGAUCAUUCCGUGUCACGACAGCCACUGAGCAAGCAGAAAGAGAGGAGAUUAUGAAACAAAUCCAAGAUGCUAAGAAAGCUGACACAGAUAAGACAGUGGUUGGUUCAUCAGUGGCCCCUGGCAACACUGCCCCACCCCCGUCCUCUCCCACCUCUCCCACUGCGGACGCUACCGCCUCGCUGGAGAUGAACAAUCCUCACGCCAUCCCACGCCGGCACGCACCAAUUGAACAACUUGCUCGCCAAGGCUCUUUCCGAGGAUUUCCUGCUCUUAGCCAGAAGAUGUCACCCUUUAAACGCCAGCUAUCCCUGCGCAUCAACGAGUUGCCUUCCACUAUGCAGAGGAAGACUGAUUUCCCCAUAAAAAAUGCAGUGCCAGAGGUAGAAGGGGAGGCGGAGAGUAUCAGCUCCCUGUGCUCACAGAUCACCAGCGCCUUCAGUACACCCUGCGAGGAUCCCUUUUCAUCUGCCCCGAUGACCAAGCCGGCGACCGUGGUGGCAGCACAGUCCCCUGCCGCUCAGGGGACCCAGUGGGGUCGAUCUUCUGGUGCUGUCUCUCCAGGUCUCUUCCAGGCUGGUCACAGACGCACUCCCUCUGAGGCCGACCGCUGGUUGGAAGAGGUGUCCAAGUGCGUCCGGGCCCAGCAGCCCCAGGCCUCAGCUGCCCCUCUGCAGCCAGUUCUCCAACCUCCUCCACCCAGUGCCAUCUCCCAGCCUGCGCCACCUUUCCAAGGAAAUGCAUUCCUCACCUCUCAGCCUGUGCCAGUGGGUGUGGUCCCGCCCCUGCAGCCAGCCUUUGUCCCUGCCCAGUCCUACCCUGUGGCUAACGGGCUGACCUAUCCAGCCCCUAACGUGCCUGUGGUGGGCAUCACUCCCUCCCAGAUGGUUGCCAACGUGUUUGGCACCGCAGGCCACCCUCAGGCUGCCCAACCCCAUCAGUCUCCCAGCCUGGUGAAGCAGCAGACAUUCCCUCAGUACGAGACAAGCAGUGCCACUGCCAGUCCCUUCUUUAAGCCUCCUGCUCAGCACCUCAACGGUUCUGCAGCUUUCAAUGGUGUAGACGAUGGCAGGUUGGCCUCAGGAGACAAGCACACAGAGGUUUCUGCAGGCACCUGCCCAGUGGAUCCUUUCGAAGCCCAGUGGGCCGCGUUAGAAAGCAAGUCCAAGCAGCGUACUAACCCCUCCCCCACCAACCCUUUCUCCAGUGACUUACAGAAGACUUUUGAAAUUGAACUUUAAUCUGUCCUUAUGGUUUACGUAUUCUGUCUGUACUUAGGCAAGGGCGGAGGGUGGAGGUCAAAGGAGCAAAGGGGACUUUGUGUUCCCAACACCAGUACGCUUUUCACUAAUCCCAAAGGUCCCCAGGAGCAUGUCCAGGCAUAGAGUGCUGAAGGGGUGAUUGAAAAAAGUGGAGAAAACCAUUCCUAGAGAAGAGCUGCCUUGCAGUUAGACUAAAGAAGUUAAGGAAAUGUUACCCUCUGCCCCCCUCUUCCUCCCUCAGCCCCUCACAAAUCUCUGGCAACAGAGAGGCAGAAGUAUCUGAACAGGAACCUGUAUUCAAAGCACAUUUACUGGAAUAUAAAACACAACGGGAAGCAAAACGAUCUCCCUUUGUUUUUCAGGCCAUUCACCUGCCUCCUGUCUCAGUACUGGCCUGUCUUAAAGAUCAAAAACAGGGUGGCCUGUGCUUGGGCUGGGGACAAGAGGCAGGCUGUGCUGCCAGAACUCCCAGGAGGGCACAUCAGGAGCCGCCCGGCAGAGCUAUAUUUUAGGGGUAAAGUUGAGCUUCCAUUUUGAGUAAGAAUAAAUAUUAUAAAUGUAUAUCAAAAAGCCAAAAUCUUUAUUUUUAUGCAUUUAGAAUAUUUUAAAUAGUUCUCACUAUUAAAAAGUUGUAUGAGUUGUAAGUAAUCUUGCCAAAGGUAAAGGGUUAGCUGUAAGAAAUUGUACAUAAGAUUGAUUUAUCAUUAUGCCUAUUGAAGUAAAAAGAGGAAGAGUUGGAAGUUGCAGACGGGAUCCUUAGCUUACUUGGUAUCAUUUACUGUAAGUAGCACAUUGCAACAACAAUCAUGCUUAUGACCAAUAUAGUCAACUAGGUUGUAGUUUUAAAUAAACAGUGAGCAGUAUUGUCCUGGUUUUAAACCUAUAAAGAAAUUCUAAUGUCAUUAUUUUAAUGGAAUCAAUCUAAAUAGAGAAUAUGUAUUUUCUUCUAUAUAUUGCUGCAGUUUCCUUAUGUUAAUCCUUUACUUUGUUUUAACACUAAGGUGACAAUGACAUAAUCAUAUCCAUAGACAGGAACACAGGUUACUGUGUUGGUUUGUCGUGUAGGUCUUGGUGGGUUUUGCUUUGUCCUUUAAGUAAGUUUUGUUCCCACAACUUUUGUGGGGAUGGAGGUUCUAGUUUUAUUAGCACUGCGGGUGCGUGUGCAUGUCGGGGGGUGUGUGUCCAUCCCUCUCCCUCCAGGUGAGCAGAACAUCCCAUUUGCCAGUUGCAGCCACUUGACCUCUGGUAACAACAUGAGAUCCCAUCUCAUUUUUACUUUUGAACGUUGGCCUUACAAUCAAAUGUAAGUUAUAUAUAUUUGUACUGAUGAGAAUUUAUAAUCUGCUUUAACAGAAAUAAAUGUUCGUGGUAGAAGCUUUUGGCCAUGAAGGGCUAUUCUUUCCCCUUUUCUUUAUUAGCAAGUGAGUUUUGGUUCUUUUUGGUCUUGUCCUCUCUCCAUUCUACUGCCGCCACAGAUUUCUAGGUUGAUGGCUAGAAAAUCUUUCACUGGGACUAGUAUAUUCUUAAAAUUCAUAUUUGUAUCCACACUUUAGGCUUUGGUUGUUCCUAAGCGCAUCUCUGAUGUCAGAUUCUUCUUGCUCAAAGUGCAGACUUCAACCUGGCAGCUGCUUAGAGAUGCAGAACCUCAGCCGACCCCAGACCUAAUAAUCAGAAUCUGCAUUUUAACAAGAUUCACAUUCUGAGAAGUUGGGCUGGAGCAGUGGUUUCCAACUUUGAAUACAUAUUAGAAUCAUCUGGGACAUUUUAAAAUCCUCAUGCCUGGCCCAUACUCCAGACCAAUUAAAUCAAAAUCUCUGGGGAGUAGAACCCCAGGUGCAGUUUUUUUAAAAAGCUCCCAGUAUGGAAGAAGGUUGAGAACCACUGGUCUAGAUUGAGUUUCACUCUCACCUCUAACCUUACCCCACUACUCUGUGACUAGUUCCAAGAAGAGCUAGCUAACCUCAAACUUACCUUCUGAAGUGUGUCACAAAUUUGCCAAAUACUAAUUUAACUAAAGAACGGGGGAGUCCAAGAAAGUAGCCCUUAUUUUCCAAUUUCUACAGCAAAACCAGCCAUGGUUAGGGAAAGGGAUGCACCUCUCUAUUUUUUUUUUAAUGAAAAGAAAAAAAGACCUGUGCCACCACGUUUCUUUUGUUGAAUGAGAGGUAGACCAAGAAGAAGUAUCACUCACCCAUGAUGCAGCUGUUUGUCUUUUCCAGCCAGUGUGUUGAUAAUAAAAAAAGUCACCUUUCCCUGUAA